UCCUUUUAAAAGCCAGCGGGACAGAUGGGCAUGCGAAGUUGGGAACAGAAGUAGCCUCAAAAGAAAAGAAAAGAAAAUAAUAAAUAAAUAAAUAUACACCCACGUGUCCAAAUUUCUCUCCCUCUAAUCCUCCACCUCAAAGGGCCCUUUAUAAUCCAUCGCCUCUUUGAUGGUCGGAGGCAGGAUGGAUCUCGGGGAGCCGGCAAGCGGCAAAGGAGCGAAGAAAAUUAAGGAAGAGGAGACCGCCGAAAUGAAGCCGGAGGCGGUGGCGGCGCAGGACGGGAGCGCGCUCUAUCUUUCCCUCAAAGCGGCGACUACAGCGGAGUCCAGCAGCAGGAACUCGGCAACCCCAAUGUGGAGCGCUCCGGCCAGUUCGCAGCUCACCAUCUUCUACAACGGCGCCGUCAGCGUCUACGACGCCGUCCCGCUGGAGAAGGCCCAGGCGAUUAUGCUCAUCGCCGCCGCUGCGGCCGCUGCGGCUGCCGCGAAGAACAUCAAUGCCGCUGCCGCCAAGGCCCCGGUAAUGGUCGGCCAGAAUCCUGCUGCUGCUGCUGCUGCGGCGGCGGCGGCUUCUCCGGUGCUCACGCGGUCUCUGUCGCUGCAGAGCUCCUCUGCUGCUGCGGGAGGGGCAUCACCGCAGAACCAGCUCAUUCCCAACCCUGGCAGCUCCCUGUGCAAGCUUCAAGCUGAGCUACCUAUUGCGAGGAGGCACUCGCUUCAGCGGUUCUUGGAGAAGCGCCGGGACAGGUUGGUUAGCAAAGCUCCAUAUGCUCCAGCCAAAACAUCAGACGGCAUUGAAGCGUCCGUGGAGGGAAAGUCUCAAAAUCUCGCGACCCAUCAGCGUGGCGCUCCACUCCAAUCAUCCUAGGAUUCAAGUCCAUGUCAUUGUAAGAACCUUGACCAGGGUUUAGACCUAUCCUUUAUUUUUUAUAAGCUCUUGCUGCUUUGGACUUACUGCUGUAACGUGAAUUACAUCCUGUGAUAUCUAAUAUGUUCUCGUAUGUACCAUCGGACUAUGAUGUUUCCGAUUAUGAAAUCUGUUUCAAGACGUUUCUGAGUAUGAAAUUCUAGCCACUUUUUAA